AACAUUCCACAAGAACCGCAUGUUCGCCAGAAGUGUUGCACACCAACCAGUUUCUCCAAACACACCACACGCUCUGUACCCGGCCGCGCAUCCUAAAGUAGCUGCUGUUAUAUUUGGAAACGGAGUCUACAUCAACAGGUUACACAGAUACUGCAGGGAACUCUUAGUCCAGACUCGUCGUUUCGACGCUAUGCUGGGGAUCUGCGUGUGUCUCUGCGCCGUCUUCACCCAUGUCCUCUCGCAGGACGUGGAGGAGCCAAUCACCUACACAUGCACAGAUGGAUAUGAGUUUGACCCUGUUCGACAGGUGUGCAAGGAUAUUGAUGAGUGUGCACUGGUAAAUGAUGCCUGUAAAGGAGGAAUGAAGUGCAUCAAUCACUUCGGCGGUUACCUCUGCCUACCCCAGAAUGCUCAAAUCUUUGUCAGCAACGACGACGACCAGUUCCGCGCCGCAGAACCCAUCCCACUGGUCCCUCCAGUCCCGCCCACAAGACUCCAGCCCCCCCGGGUCCUGCCUGGCCGCGGUGGGGUCGGCACGGGUUCUCGAACCGUGCACUGUGCUCCCGGCUUCACACCGGACGACCAGAACUUCUGCAGAGACAUAGAUGAGUGUGCUACAGGCGUACACACCUGUGGUCCAGACCAGACUUGCUACAACACCAGAGGCUCCUUCACCUGCCAGUGUCAGCAAGGUUACCAGAGGAGUGAAGACCAGUGUGUGGACAGAGACGAGUGUGUUCUUUCCCAUUCCUGCAUGCAUGGGUGUGUCAACACUGAUGGAUCCUACUACUGUGAAUGCAACCAAGGUUACCGGCUGGCCAGUAACAACCAUAGCUGUGUGGAUUUGAAUGAGUGUGAGGUGAACAGCCCUUGCCAGCACCAGUGUUUCAACCUCAUGGGCUCCUUCCUGUGCCAGUGUGACCAUGGAUUUGAGCUUGCAGAUGAUUCAGUCACCUGCCAAGACAUAGACGAGUGCAGCUUCUCCAGCUACAUGUGUCAAUACCAGUGUGUCAACAGUCCAGGGGCCUACACCUGUGAGUGCCCAGAAGGUUACCAGCUCCAGGGAACCAGGCUAUGUCAAGACAUUAAUGAGUGUGAGACAGGGUCACAUGACUGCCAAGAAGACGAGACCUGCUGGAACUACUACGGAGGCUUCCGCUGCUAUCCCAGAAACCCAUGCCAGGAGCCUUACGUCAGGACGUCGGAGAACCGCUGUAUCUGCCGAUCGCCCACUGAGUGCCAGGGCCUCACACCAUCUAUCGUCUUCAAAUACAUGAGUAUCCAGUCGGAACGUUCUGUGCCAGCAGACAUCUUCCAGAUCCAGGCCACCAACAUCUAUCCCAACACACACAAUACCUUCAGGAUCAAAGCUGGCAAUGAAGCUGGCGAGUUCUUCCUCAGGCGUUCUAGCAAUGUUAGCGCCAUGCUGGUAAUGACCAAGCCUCUGUCGGGCCCCAGAGAGCACGUGGUGGACCUGGAGAUGGUCACCCAUCACAUGGCCAUGAACUAUCGUUCCAGCUCCCUACUACGACUCACCAUCAUCGUGGGUCCAUACUCCUUCUGAGAGCAGCCGAUCACAACACAGCCCAGCACAGCCAAGCUCAAAUCGACAAAGCGCUACCUAACCGUGUCCAGCAACACAGUUCACCACAGUUCAGCCCAGCCUUGCUCUGCCCUGCUAAUGGUCUCAACCACACAACCACCCCCUGCCCAGCAAGCUCAGCACAGAUGUUGUCAUUGUUGUCUGUCUUAUAUGAUGAGGGCUUGAUGUUACUGCAAUACUAUAACAUUACCUUCACACAAGCCUAGUCUACUUAACCUGUCCUUCUGUGUGAGACUGACUCUGCUGUCUUGUGAUAGUAUGUAAGAUCAAAUCAAUAUGUUGAAAUCAAUAAUAAUAAGAUAAGAAAUUCACACUUUCCUUGUGAGUGAGACUUCACCCUUUGCUCUUUAAAGGUGCAAUCCUUAACUUCCUAGUGGGUGGCCUUAGCCAUUUGUGGAGAUCUUCUAAGGGGUUGUAUGAGUAUGCAGAGUACAGUUAGCACAGCCCUGUGUUUGAUCGCAGGUCUGGAGCCCGUAACAAUUUGGGCAGAAGAGUUUAAUCAUGUUCAUCUGAGGAAAAAGUCACGCUUGUUCCUAGAGUUUACACAUAUAAGAAAGAGAGUGUGAGAAACGGAAAGAGAGAAGAAGGGAAUGAGGUGGAGAUUAUACCCUAGGUCCAGGGUGUGUGUGUGCGCGCUUGUUUGCAAUGCCAUGUUCAUAACCCAUAACCCCAUGACUCUGUCUCCAUACUUCAGCCCAGCCCUCUAAACGGGUCCCUCCGGACACAGAGCAGCCAUAAGGCCCAAACUCAGAACAUGUUCAGGAAAUGAUGGCAGUUCGUGCCACAUCUUGGCUCUGCACUCCGGUCGUUCGUUUUGGGCAAGCAGUCGACCUGUGCCACCAUGAGACGAGACCCCAGAGGUAUCGCUCCACCCUCUCAUGUUGAUCCCAGUCAAUAAGCCGGACCGCAACCAAGCAGGCUUACGUGAGAAAGAUAAUUAGGACGCUCCCGUAACUAGCCUCUAUAAGAAGCAGGGGAUCAUUAAAGUGUUAAGACCAUGCAGCCACUCAACAGCAGUCUAACACACAAACACACACACACACACCCUUCAUGGCCCCGGCUGCUUUUGGCUCUCAGACGCUCUGUUACACUGUAGAUACACGACCAGCACUGAUGCAAUGGCAACCGGUUUAAACUGGCCACAUAUGUUUUAGCUUUGAUGGUUCUUGUUUUCACAGCAACCUGUCCACAUUAGAGGGAAUUAUCUAGCCAUGCAAUACUGUAUGUUUCAAUGAUUUCAACCAUGUUCAAACUGCGAGGGUCAACAUUAACUAUAGUGACUAACACUGCCCUGGAUACAAAAAUUAACACACACAUUACACCAACUGUAACGCAACUUUCUCUUUGAUACUGUUGAAAAAAAGUUACUUCAGCCUUUAUAAAUGACACAGACUUACAUGACUGAUGCAGUAUUGUUUCACAUCCUUUUUUCUAUUUAAAUGACAUAUAUAUAUAUAUAUUUUUACACAUGUAACCUUGAUUGAAUGUACCCUGAAGUGCAAAUGUUACAAUAAGAAUAAAGUUGAUUGGAUAAACACAA